ACUGCAGACACAGUACAGGGGAUGACCAGAGACUGCGGACACAAUACAGGAGAUGACCAGAGACUGCGGACACAGUACAGGAGAUGACCAGAGACUGCGGACACAGUACAGGAGAUGACCAGAGACUGCGGACAUAGUACAGGGGAUGACCAAAGACUGCGGACAUAGUACAGGAAUGACCAGAGACUGCGGACACAGUGCAGGAGAUGACCAGAGACUGCACACAGUGCAGGGAAUGACCAGAGACUGCGACAGUGCAGGGAAUGACCACAGACUGCAGACAACAGUGCAGGGGAUGACUAGAGACUGUAGACAGUGCAGGGAAUGACCAGAGACUGCAGACAGUGCAGGGAAUGACCAGAGACUGUAGACAGUGCAGGGAAUGACCAGAGACUGUAGACAGUGCACGG